CUAUCAAAAUUUUAGUGAUUUUUCAGCUUUUUGUGUAAUUAUUUCGAGAAAUAAGUUGAGAAAACAGUGUGCAUAAAAAUGUUCAGCAGAAUAAAUUGAACAAAAUUAGUUUUCUUUUUUAAAACGGCGGCGUGGCCAGCUGCUACCCUAAAGAAAAUGCCUAACGUUUUUUAUUCAAUUUAUUUUUUUGAUAAAUCUAAAACCAAACGACGGAGACAGCUGCGACACGUCUUAAAUUGAAGAAAACACUACUAUGAACAUUUUAAAAUAUGAAUUAGCUCUACAACAUGUCUGGUUUUAAAGAUGUGAUAGAAAUAUUGGCAACUGCUUUUCACACAUUUAAAUUUUGCAGAAUCGGAAAGUGGUUGUCAAUAUUUCUAUCACAUCUUUAAAAUCAGACAUGUUGCAGAGCUGAUACGCAUUUUAAAAUGUUCAUAGCAAAUGUUUUCUUCAGUUUAAGACGUGUGGCAGCUGUCUGCGUCGUUGGGUUUACGAUUUAUCAACAAAACAAAAUGAUGUAAAAACGUUACGCAAUUCCUUUACGGUAGCAGAGUUACCUGGCCACGUCGACGGUUAAAGUGUACUUUGAAGACCUCGUUUUAGACUCAAUACAUAAAGAAUUUUCUGCUCUAUAAAAUCUUCUAUUUCGCAUAGAUACACUACGGUGUUUGGCUAGUCCUUAAUUCCUGCUUCUUUCAAAAUCUCACGUUGUCCAAAAAGUGCAAAUGAACUUGUGUACUGGAAUUUUCACGAUUUUUACGAUGAAGUAGCUUAGUUAGAAUGAUAGCUUUAAUCUGCUGAACAUUUUUAUGCACACUGUUUUCUCAACUUAUUUCUCGAAAUAAUUACACAAAAAGCUGAAAAAUCACUAAAAUUUUGAUAGUAAACCGCAGUUGUGCUUGCAUCACAUCUGUUCUCACCACUUUUUUAAAUAAGGAAAUAAUAUGUAGUAAUUUUUAUAGAGCAGAAAAUUCUCUAUGUAUUGAGCUUAGGCCACGAAGUCUUCAGAGUACAUUUAAGCAUCUUAAAAAAAGAAAACUGAUUUUGUCCCAUUUAUUCCAUUUAGUCCACUCAUUAAAUCGAUUGUGGCAUCAUUCACAUGGUUUCUGUCUUUUAGCCCUAUGUAUUUGAUCGUGAAUAUUAUAUUGAAUUAACAAAAUCAAUGUCUGUCAAUGGUUAUCAUGUAUUUUCAUCCAUUGUGGAAAAAUUAAUCGAUUACAAAAAUUUAAAUCUCUCAUGGGAUUAUUUUACGUCUAAACUUGAACAAUAUUUUUCGCAAGAACGUCUUGAACAACAAACAUUUCGAACAAUAAUGGACGAUAUUCAAUUGAAAAUGACAAGUGGUGGAGCAGGACAUGAUCAACGAAAACAAUUAGAUCUAGAAAGUUAUUUAUUGAUUGACGAUAUGAUUGUUGAAGCAAAGAAAUUUGUAACAAAAGUUGUUUAUAAUUGGAAUAUUAUUUUACAAGAAUUAGAACAUGUACUUAAAAAAUAUGAUAAAGAAAAGAAAGAGGCAGCAAAACAGAAAACAACAAAAGAAAAAGAGAAAAAAGAGGAAGAAGAGACAUUGCAAGUAAGUGAAAGAAUGAUCACUAACUGAUCUAAACUAUUGUGACAAGAAGAUACCGUAGUUUCUGUAAAGCUUCAACUUUCAUCUAUAUUGGAG